AUGUCUGAUCAGGAAGCAAAACUCUCAACUGAGGUCUUGAGAGAUAAUAAGGAAGGAGAAAACACUAAACUCAAAGUCAUUGGUGAGCAAAGCAGUGGGAUUCACUUCAAAGUGAAAAUGACAACACACCUCAAGAAACUCAAAAAAAAAUCAUACUGUCAAAGACAGAAAGCUCCAAUGAAUUUAUUCAGGUUUCUCUUUGAAGGUCAGAGAAUUGCUAAAAAUCAUACUCCAAAAGAACUGGGAAUGGAAGAAGAAUGUAUGAUUGAAGUUUAUCAGGAACAAAAUGGGAGUCAUUAA